ACAAAUGAAAAACCAUAUUCUUGUGAGUAUUGUAAAAAGGCAUUUUCUGUUAGUUCAAGUUUGAAAACACAUUUGAGGAUACACACAAAGGAAAAACCAUAUUUUUGUGAGUAUUGUGACAGAACAUUUUGUGAUAUUUCAGGUUUGAAAACACAUUUGAGGAUACACACAAAUGAAAAACCAUAUUCUUGUGAGUAUUGUAAAAAGGCAUUUUCUGUUAGUUCAAGUUUGAAAACACAUUUGAGGAUACACACAAAGGAAAAACCAUAUUCUUGUGAGUUUUGUAAAAAGACAUUUUCUCAAAGUUCAAAUUUGAAAACACAUUUGAGGAUACACAUGAAUGAAAAACCAUAUUCUUGUGAGUAUUGUAAAAAGACAUUUUCUCAAAGUUCAAGUUUUAAAACACAUUUGAGGAUACACACAAAUGAAAAACCAUAUUCUUGUGAGUAUUGUAAAAAGACAUUUUCUGAUAGUUCAAAUUUGAAAACACAUUUGAGGAUACACAUGAUUGAAAAACCAUAUUCUUGUGAGCAUUGUAAAAAGACAUUUUCUCAGAGUUCACAUUUUAAAACACAUUUGAGAAUACACACAAAUGAAAAACCAUAUUCUUGUGAGUUUUGUAAAAAGACAUUUUCUGCAAGUUCAAAUUUGAAAACACAUUUGAGGAUACACACGAAUGAAAAACCAUAUUCUUGUGAGUAUUGUAAAAAGAAAUUUUCUCAAAGUUCAAGUUUGAAAAAACAUUUGAGGAUACACACAAAUGAAAAACCAUAUUCUUGUGAAUAUUGU